UACCUUAAAGCAAUAAGCUUCUCCACAUCAACCUUUAAUCGCUCUUGAGACGUCUUCAACUUCGUCUCUUGCGACUUCCCAUUCUGUCUACUACGACAAUUCAACAAGCCGCACGUGCCAACCAUCCAUCCCCGCGCUCCCGACCGCCACAGAAAUGGCUACCGAAUUCGUGAUGCCUCGGUUCCCCAACAACCAGCAACAACCUCAUUUCCAGCAAACAUAUCGUGGGUUUCACAAUAACCCGAGUAUGAAUCGCCAACAGCCGCCGCCUCAGCAAGUGAGCACGGGUGCUCCUUAUCAGCCAUCGGCCCAGUACAACGGCAACGGCAACGGCAACAGCCAACAAAUUUCACCUCUCAGUACGUCUGGGAAUGUUUCGCCAACCUCCCCAAAGACCCUCACUCGUCAAAUCCGUCCGCUGUAUAUGCCGGCUGCCCUCAGGCCGAACCAGUACGCAUCCAAGCCGCCGACAUCGAGGCCCAGCUCCAAAGACGAGGAGAUCGAGGAGGAGCGCAAGUUGAAACCAAACACCAGCUACAUCGGACGGGGUGCUUUGGGGCGGUUGAGCAGGAGAAACACCGGAGAUAGCGGCAUGGGCAUGUGCAUCGACCCCAACGUGAAUCUGGAUCAUUAUCCCCAGCCGACUGGGGUGCCGACGCGGAAGCACUGGAAGCCCGACGCAGAGUCUACGGUAUGCGAUGAUGCCAGGUGCAAGAAGAACUUCAACUACUUCACCCGCCGCCACCACUGUCGCAGAUGCGGAAACAUCUUCUGCGACGUCCACAGCGCAUUCGAGAUCCCCUUGGACCAAGAUGCGAACUACAACCCCCGGGGAACUCCGAGCCGCGCUUGCCAGCAUUGCUAUUCCCAAUUUAAGGAGUGGCGAAGCCGGGCCAACAGCCAGUCGUCGACCAGCGGUUCGUCUAUCUCGGAUGGCAAGACGACCAGCUCUGAGCCGGGCAGCCCGGUUCUUGCUUCUCCCAUAAUCCCCACGGGGAUCAAGAUGGGAUUCAACCUGGGAUUACCGAGCAUGCCCGAGGUGGCCCACAGCGUUCCUAGGGACUGGAACUGGAGCACAUUCUGAAGGCAUGAUCGGCCUUUGUUAAAGUCUUUGUCUACAGAGAGAGGGACCUCUUUCUUGCACUCUGCGAUCCAGCUGGAUUGCUAGCUUUCGGAUCGAUCGCGCAGAGUAUGUGUGCAUUUACUACUCGGGUCGAAUCGCACCGGAGACGCGGAGUUGAGUGG